CUGCAAUAAAAUCAGCUGAAGGUUCAGAAAGUCUCCUCCGGGCUGCAGAUUUUCGCCCUGUGACCCAUGGCCCCCCGCUCGCUGUUUUCGAUGCAGAGCCAUCACAGCUCAGGCCCGGAGGGUGUCUCCUUCCUCCAGCUAGGAGAGAGGUCCCAGAUCCACAAAGCCAGUGAGGGGGCAGGCGGAAGAAACUCUCCGAGCUCGCCCAUGCCCCAUAUCUAUGUGUUCCAUGGGGCCGGGUCAGACGCGGUGGAGCUCAGCUGAGUGUGGCCGGCUGGGGAUCCAUCCCCUUGGUUCCCUGGAGUCUGAACUGCCCAACCCUGGAAUCUCUCCUCCCAGCCCCGGUGCAUAUUUCCUGCGGUUUUUGCCAAUUGGCAUUAGCUCGUUGCUGCAGCCCUGGGCCUGGCCCUGCCUCAGGGGCUUCCUGAACUCCCGGCUGGUUUCUGAGAUGGCGCCAGCGGCCGUUUCGGUUUUGUCUCCGCUCCCUCAUGCGCCUGGAGCGAAGUGUAAUCUGCACUGACCAGAGGAAGAUGCUGUCCCGCCGGGGCUGCAAGCCUGAGGUCCUCAUCCUGACUAUGGUGGGGAUCGGCGGCCUCCUCUUCCUCAUGACCAACGAGGGCAAGCACGUGAUGAAGGCUGCCACGAGAGACAGCAGUACCAGCCCCCCCACCCCCCCGCCCAGCGUCCCCACAACCCCAUGGCAUGGCCCCGAGUGCAAGGAGAGCUCCUCGGUCACCAAUAUCUCCGGCUUCGCUGACCUGCCCGGCCACAUCCAGGACUUCCUGCGCUACAAGCACUGCAAGGAGUUCCCCCAGCUGCUGGACGCCCCCGACAAGUGCGGGGGGCCUGAGGGCUCCCCGGAGGUCUUCCUCCUCCUGGCCAUCAAGUCGUCGCCCGGGAAUUACGAGCGGCGGGAGAUCAUCCGCAAGACUUGGGGGGAGGAGAGGACGUACCAAGGGGUCCGUAUCCGCAGGCUCUUCCUCGCCGGGGAGGCGAGGGAUGCGCGGGAGGCUUGGAAGCUGAACCGGCUGCUGCGGCUGGAGGCGGCGGAGUAUGGGGACGUGCUGCAGUGGGCGUUCCUGGACAGCUUCUUCAACCUGACCCUCAAGCAGGUGCUGUUCCACAGCUGGCUGGAGGCCCAUUGCCCCGGCGCCCGCUUCCUCCUCAACGGGGACGACGAUGUCUUCACCAACACGGACAACGUGGUGCACUACCUGCUGGGCAUGCGGGGCGCCAACGACGGCGACGGGCACCUCUACGUGGGGCAGCUCAUCGCCAACGUGGGCCCCAUCCGCGAGAAGUGGAGCAAGUACUACGUGCCUGAGCAGGUCACCGCCACCAACUCCUACCCAUCCUACUGCGCGGGCGGCGGGGUGCUCAUGUCCGGCUUCACCGCCCGCACCAUCUACAAAGAGUCGCUGGGCAUCGAGCUCUUCCCCAUCGACGAUGUCUACCUGGGCAUGUGCCUGCAGAAAGCCGGGCUGGCCCCGGCCUCCCACAUGGGCAUCCGGACCGUUGGCGUCAGGGUGCCCUCCUCCAAGCUGGAGUCUUUUGAUCCCUGCUACUACAAGGAGCUGCUGCUGGUGCACCGCUUCGUGCCCUACGAGAUGCUGGUGAUGUGGCAGGCCAUUCACGAGCCGGACCUGCGCUGUGGGAAGAAGCUGCAGGUCUAUGAGAGCAUCUGAGCGGACCCUGGAAUCCGAGGGGAGGGGGCACCAGGAAGGGAUGUAAUGCCAGGUUGAAGGUGCUAGGGCAUCGGCGGGUGAUGCCACCCAUCUAGAUGUUCGCUGCUGUGCCCCGAAUGCUCCAGACCAGUCACCUCUUUCUUGCUCUUGAUGCCUAUUCCAGGAAGUCCCGGCUCCAAGGGGCGGGACUUCCAGGAACGAGCCUCAGCAGGACUUACGCUUCUGUUGGCUAACAUGCAUGGAGUGCACAGAGAUGCUGAACGGCUCACUGGCUUCUGGUCCUGUCCCAACUGGUCUGGCUCAUUUGCCAUUCUUGGGAUGUCAGAAGCUUUUCCCGCAGCUCCUCCCUUCCCCGUGGCUGCGAUAAGCAUUUCGAGCUGGGCAGGGAUCCCUUUGCAGCGAUCCCCUGGGGGCGGCUACCUCUGAGAAAGCAACUGCCAGAAAGCCGCCAGACCGGGGUCUCUCUGGGAUGGAGGGGGGAAUUUCUGCCUCCUUGACUAAUGGGCCCAUUGCCACCUGGGUGCCCGAAUCCUGGGCAGGAUGUCACUGGCUUGGCCGAUGCCCAGAUCUUGGCCUAGACGCUGCGUCUCUGGGGCCGAAGGUCCAAACGCAGCAGGAAGUGGGUCGGGUGUCUGGCGUGAAGAGCUUGGCUCGGGGUCCCAAGCCCAGCCCCUGUUUCACCAUCGGCCCUAAGAGCAGGAGCUGGGCGUCAUGCACAUCCCCGCUCCAGAGCUCGGGGGGGGGGCAGAUCUGCCCCGGCGUAACCAGCUGUGGCCCCGUAAAGUCAAUGGAGUCGUGCCUAGCGAGCCCUGGGUGAAUUUGGCUCUGGGGCUACGAUGCAGAAGCAGACAGUACGGCACCAAGGGCUGAUUUCCAAAGUGCUGCCCUGUCCCUGAGAAUCCGGCCUCGUGCACAUUCCCAAGCCCCUUGCAGGACACGGCUGAUCUGAACGGGGCCCUUUCAAUUCAGGCCUGGGGCUUGGUUCAUGUAGGACUUGGCGCGGCCAGACGGGCACGGGGGGCUUGGCAGAGGCCCAACCUACGACCCUCCCUGGAUCUGCCCAAGCGGAGGGCAAACCCCAGUUCUGAACUGCUGUUAAACUCGACCCACUGGCAAUUUCUGUUGCUCAAUCAAGAAAGCUGCCAGGGUGCGGCAACAGAGCUGUGCACCUCUCUGAACCUGUCCGCUGCAUCCCUCUGGCUCUGACAAACUGCUGCUGAGACUUUGCCAGUUAAUUGUGUUUUAUGAGAUAACAAGCCCAAAGUUUCCAAGCUCCCUGGCCUCUUUGUCUUAUGUUUCAAACCGGCUCCUCAACAGUUCCAUUCCCCAGCUCCACCUUGCAUUCAAAUGCACUCGCCCUUCUGAACCUGCCACAUCCAUCGUUCAAUUUCACACAUAGUGCUGAGAUGGAGUCAGGAACUGCCCAGAGAGAACACAUCCCUCCCCUCCCCAGGUUGCAGUUAAAAAAAAACAAAACCAAACCAAACCAACAACCAAAAGUGGCAGGAACCUGAAGAUUGGUUCUAUUUUCAGCACAUGUUCUGGCAAGAGCCCAUCUCCCCUCCCCCAUUGGGGCAGAAUGUUCUUGCCACCCCACCCCAGAUGGCAUUUGUGGAAUUGCUCAGGAUUCUGCAACCCAGAUGUGGGGGGCGAAGCCACCAGCUCACAAACCUGGGGGUGCAGAAGCUUGAUCCUCCCUGACAAGGGUGGGGGCGAGGGUUUCACAGAGUCAUAGACUUUAAGGUCAGAAGGGACCAUUAUGAUCAUCUAGUCUGACCUCCCGCACGAUGCAGGCCACAGAAUCCCACCCACCCUCUCCUGUAUC